AUGACCUCUUCUUCUAAUACCUCUUCUGUCGAACAAAAAGCUGAUAUCCAACAUCGCGAAAUUGACAUGCCUGUGGAUGAUGUAGUUGCUCAACGUGCUGCUCAAUUGCACGUCAAUGCUGUUCCUAAUCAUCUUGCAAAGUUGCAGCCUGCUCCCAUCGGUUUCGGUGCAUUUGCCCUCUGCUCAUUCGUGCUCGGCAUGUAUAACACUGGCUUGAUUACUGAUUUGCCUCAAGUGGCUGUUGGUGUUGCUUUUGGCUACGGUGCAAUGGGCCAAUUCGUCUGCGGUAUCUGUGAAUUGGUGCUCGGCAAUAUGUUUGCUGCUACUUCCAUGUUAACUUUCUCUGGUUUCUUCUUUACAUUUGGCAUCAUGAUGAUCCCUAGCUCUGGCUUCCUCGAAAUUGCUAUGGCCAACGGCGGUAUCCACACUGUUCAUUUGUGUAUGGGCCUUGUUCAACUUGGUUUUGCUUUUGCUGCCUUCUUCUUCUUGCUCGGCACACUCCGUCAACCUAUUCUCAUCCGUCUCGUUCUCUUGCAAGUCUUCUUGGCCUUCUUGUUUGGUGCCAUUGGUGGAUUGGCUGGUAGCAAUGCUUGCAACCAAGCCAGUGGUUGGAUAUCAUUCACUCUUGCCAUCACUGCUUGGUACAUUAUGUGUGCUCUUUUGUACACUCCUGAUCACACCAUGAUCAAGUUGCCUUUCUUUUAA